UUAUUCAUGGUACGGUGAUAUCCCUAUUCGUGCAGUUUGCAAGAAAGGGCAGGAUUUAUGAUAAUGGUUUCUCAGACCUAAUUAUCAUAUUGCCCCUCCUACUAUCGCAGGCGCAGUAACCUCUGGUGGUCGCACUUUGGGGGCUUUCUGAUAAAGGCUCAUAGUUUUUUUCGUCUUCAACUUCUUUCCGUUUUGCACAUGCUCAGUCAUUGUUUAACUGCUUCAGCACUUUUGAUCUUUUAUAAACUCAGCUAACUUAAUUGUUUUAAGUUCUACUUUGGGCACCGUGUUCCUUCCUCAGCCUGGAUUUUGUGCAUACAGCUGAGUCUUCUUAUCGCGUGAGGCUGAUACAACAACUGAGCAAUUUCAGCAAUCCCUUCGGGUCACUGUUACACAUUUUGUGUUUUGUACUCGUUGUUUCCAUGGUCUCUUCAGGAUGCCUCCAAUGCUCAGGUGUCCAGCUGCACGUCAAGGACAUCCCUGGCUCCCAGGGGCAGUUCCCAGGCCGACCUCCUGGCCUGGACCCCAGCCUGGCAGACGUGGCUCCUGUCAGCGUGGAGCAGCCAUCUCACGUCAGCAUUGUCUCACAACGGUCAGGUGACCUCUGUCAGCGCUGCCAUCAGCGACACCCCGAGACCCUUCUGAUGUCACCCUAUGGCCUCACAAAAGGUGGCUGGCUAUAAGUGCCCUGAGCGGCGCGCCUGCGGCCAGUCCGGCUGGUGGUAGUCGAGAGCUCGAGGUCCCACGGCUGGAAGGAGAGAGAGAGGCGGAGGUGUGGCAAGAGGCACACGCGAAGCCAGUCUUGUUGCACGCAAGCCAUCGAGGGCCUUCGUAGUCCUGCUGCCAGCACGCUGGUGGCACUGGAGGCGUCGAGGUCCUGCCGCCAACCCGCGAGGCAAGGGAGGUGCUGAAGACCCCAGGCUGCUGCUAAGCGCCUGGCACCAGGGCAGCCUCCCCCAGAGGACGACCAGCUCCACGUCGCAGCGGCCGCAGGCACCAUGAACCAGCCACAGCAGGAGCAGCCAGAGGAGGCCCCCGGGGACGAGACGUGCCCCAUCUGCUUGGACCAGCUGUCCAACACAGCUUGCGUGGACCCCUGCAGGCACUCCUUCUGCCUGCAGUGCAUCCAGGCCUGGGCCGCUGAAAGAGACACCUGCCCGCUGUGCCGCGGGCCCAUCGUUGAAGUUGUGCGCCUGGCCCAACGACCCCACAGAAGGUUCCAACGCGACGCGCGGCUGGGGCGGCGGCAGCAGCAGCAGCAGCGGCAGAGGAGCCCCUCAAGCUACCGCUCCCGCAGCGCCUCGCCCAGGCGCAGGGAGCGCAGCCCCUCUGAAGCGCGACAGCUUGUCCGCAGCCGCUCCUGGCGCUUGGAGCGGGACGGGCACAGACUGCCACUGUCCCUGUGGUACGACGACGCCGAGGACAUAGAGUGGCUACGUCGGGUCCAGCAGGAGGAGCCGGGGUCUGGUGACCACGCGGGCCGCCACGCCAGGCCCCGCAACUGAGCAGGCGGCCGCGCCUCACCUGGGGACGGGCUGGGGGUGGCAGCCACAAUUACCCCAGGAAUAAAUUACAACUUUUCCACCCUGCAAAGCCUCUGCCUGCACUUAUUCCUGCAUCGGUCAGCGGGGCGGGGGGGAGGGGGUGGGGGGGAUGGACUGAACGCAGUCCUCUGCCUGCGCCACAGAUUGGUUUGGGGACGUCUGCUCCUGAUGGGGAGCGGCUGCGGGUGGCGGGUCCCCGAGUGAGACUUGGGGGUGAGAAGUCAUUUGGGGGAUGAGAAGUCAACAUGGGAAUGGGAAAGUGCUGGGGAUGGGAGCAGCCACAGAGGUGACCUGGCCCGACUGGGACAAAGGCUGACAGCAAAAGUCUCCUAAAAGCCUGCCAGAAGAGAAUGCGUGCCAGCUGGGGAACCGGGC